AUGACACUCAAACCGUGCUGCGGGACUGGAUCGUCACACACCGGCACGCCUAAGGGAAGAUUUGAGAAGAAGCAUAGGUUGGACUGCUACGUCGCAGAAUCCAAUGGUGCUCCGAAAGGUAUAAUCGUCAUCAUUCCAGACGCAUUUGGCAUUGGUCUACUUAACAACCAAAUCCUCGCCGACGAUUAUGCUAGGCAUAGAUCCACAGUCUACUUGCCUGAAUUCAUAGGCGCUAAUAGACGUACUGCUACGACACUAGGCGCCGGAGUCCCCGCCGGAGUCUUCGACUCUAUAAGCUUCGUUACUCACCCUUCGUUCCUGACAUUCCCUACCGAUAUUGAAGCGACUGUGCUGCCGAAUUCCUAUACUACCGCCGAGAUCGAUCAACAGAUGUCGCCGGAGCAUGCCCAGAAGAGAAAAGAUAUCCUACAGGCGAAGACGGCGAAGACCAAGAUAUGUCUACCCUCGAGCCGCAUGACUCUCCUCGCGCUGGUAUUCGGAGGCAAUGACCAAAGCAUCGAGCAUGAAGUUAUCAUGUAUGAAAAAGUCCAUCACGGUUUUGCUGUGCGCGCAGAUGAGAAUGACAAGCUGGAAGCCGAGGCCGGGAAGGAGGCGGAAGGACAGGCGGUCCGAUGGUUCGAGAGAUGGUUCACCAAUCCACCUCCAUCCUGA